GCUCAAGGUUGGUUGAGCGGCGAAUUCUCCGGCGGUCGGGUAUAGGGAUGUAAGUGGGGGACUGAAAUGGCUGCCGAAAAGAAGCCGGAAGAUGAUCAUGGGAACAGCAAUGGCAGUCAUGUGAAAAUAUUUUUGCCCAAGAAGUUGCUCGAAUGUCUACCGAAAUGUUCUGCUCUACCAAAGGAAAGGCACCGCUGGAACACAAAUGAGGAAAUUGCAGCUUAUUUAAUAACAUUCGAGAAACAUGAGGAAUGGUUAACAACAUCCCCUAAAACUAGGCCCCAGAAUGGUUCCAUGAUCCUAUACAACAGGAAGAAGGUGAAAUACAGAAAGGAUGGUUACUGCUGGAAGAAACGGAAAGAUGGGAAAACUACUCGGGAGGAUCACAUGAAGUUGAAGGUGCAAGGUGUAGAGUGUCUUUAUGGCUGCUAUGUCCAUUCCUCUAUUAUCCCCACUUUCCAUCGGAGGUGCUAUUGGCUUCUUCAGAAUCCUGACAUCGUACUGGUCCAUUACCUGAACGUGCCAGCCAUAGAAGACUGUGGGAAGCCAUGUGGUCCGAUAUUGUGCUCCAUCAACACCGACAAAAAGGAGUGGGCCAAAUGGUCAAAAGAGGAACUAAUUAGCCAACUUAAACCCAUGUUUCACGGCAUCAAGUGGACCUGCAGUAAUGGGAACACCAGCGCUGGUUUCUCGGUGGAGCAGCUCGUUCAGCAGAUCCUGGACAGCCAUCAGACCAAGCCGCAGCCUCGCACUCACAACUGCCUGUGCACCGGCAAUCUGGGUGCCGGAAGCAGCGUUCACCACAAGUGCAACAGUGCCAAACACCGCAUCAUAUCACCAAAGGUGGAGCCACGAACUGGCACCUACAGCAGCCACCCUGAGGUCCAGAACAAUGAUGUUUCUGAAGGCAAAAAUGACCACGGACAUGGCAAGGCCUCAAGCCGUGAGAAGCGGAAUGGGAAAUUGGCCAAGCCUGUCCUGUUGCACCAGAACAGCACCGAGGUCUCCUCCACCAACCAGGUGGAGGUGCCCGAUACCACCCAGAACUCCCCAGUCUCCAUCAGCAGUGGCCUAAACAGUGAAACAGACAUGGCCGAUAGUCCAGCCAUCACUGGUGUCUCCAGCAUGGCUGUGGCCUCUGUCAUGUGUAGUCUAUCUCAGAACGCCACUGUCUUCAUGUCAGAGGUGACCAACGAGGCAGUGUACACCAUGUCUCCCAGUGCAGGGCCUGGCCAGCACCUCAUUGCCUCAGACACUGGGGCCCAAGGGCUGGUCUUGGCCGUCAACUCGGAUGGGCAUAAGUUUGCCUUUGCCUCCUCGGCAGCUACUGGCAACCCCGAUGGCUUGUCCAUAAUGUCGGCAGGUGUGGCAGAGGACUUGGUGCUUUCCUCCACCCUGGAGAGCAGUGAGAAGAUCCCAGAGGCCAGCAUGAACUUUGACCCUGACUGCUUCCUCAAUAACCCCAAACAAGGCCAAACCUAUGGAGGAGGGGCUCUGAAAAAUGACACCAGCAGUGGCACCUCACGACAGUCACCAGGCAACGAGGGCGGCUACUGCUUCAGCGGACCCUUAGUGAAGGAAAUCAAGACCGAGGAUAAUUCUUUUGAGCAGCAGAUGUCCAAGGAAGGAUUCCAAAGUAGUUCCACCCCUGCAUCCAUCUCCUUGACUCCUGGUUCAGCUUUGCUGUCAUCUGGGGGACUCAGUCCCAGCACCACACUGGAGCAAAUGGACUUCAGUGCUAUUGACUCUAGCAAGGACUUCUCUUCAGGUUAUGCACAGAAUGUCCAGAGCCCCCAUGUUCACCAGAACCCUUCUCCCAGCUUCUUCCUUCAGGAGGCCAACAAGGGCCACCAGCUGGAGGCUAGCACACACAGCAAUGGCCUAAGUGAUGGUGGAGGCCCUUUCAGCAGUAGCUUGGGACUGGCCAACGUCAAGACAGAGUCGCCCACACAGGCUGCAUCUAGCUGUAACGGUCCCGUGCAGCAGGGACGUAUGGAGGCCACCCCCUCCCUGCAGUUGCUGCAGUUCCAAGCUAACUUCCAACCCAUUGCAGCCGAGGCGGAGGUCCCCAUGGAAACAGCAGCUCAGUCAGAGGGAAGUGAGGGCCUCCUGAAGUCUGCUGAGCUGCCAGCCUGCAGCACCGAGCAUUACAUCCAGGCAGAAGCUGGGGGCAACGGGCUGCCCAUCCUCCAGGGAAACAUGGUAUCAGGACUGUACCCAGUGGCCCACCACAGCCUUGGGCCCUCAGCCAACAUGGAGCUCAACCUGGACCACUUUGACAUCUCCUUCAGCAACCAGUUCUCGGACCUGAUCAAUGACUUCAUAUCAGUGGAGGGUGGCGCCAGCACACUGUACGGGCACCAGCUGGUGACUAGCGAGACGGGUGCUGCAGGCACUAUGCAGCAGUCAGAAGAAGAGAGAGCUAGAGUAGCCACCUUCAGCCAAGCUGAGAUCUGUAUCCCUUGCUGCAGCCCCCAGCAGCAGCCACAGCAGCAGCAGCAGCAGGGUCUGCAGCUCAAUGGAGGGGAGAAUGGGGGCAACUCCAUGACCUACAUGCACGUGUCUGAGGUGGUCCCAACCCAAGGGGCAUUGGGGUCCUUGCAACAGAAUGGACGCUUGUUCAUGGUGACGGAUUAUUCCCCUGAGUGGUCUUACCCUGAGGGAGGAGUGAAGGUGCUGAUCACGGGACCAUGGCAGGAAGCCAGCAGUAAUUACAGUUGCCUGUUUGACCAGAUUUCAGUGCCUGCAUCUCUUAUUCAGCCCGGUGUUCUUAGAUGUUAUUGCCCAGCCCAUGACACUGGCCUCGUGACACUGCAGGUGGCCUUCAACAGUCAAAUUAUCUCCAAUUCCGUUGUUUUUGAGUACAAAGCCAGGGCUUUGCCGACUCUUCCCACAUCCCAGCACGAUUGGUUGUCAUUGGAUGACAACCAGUUCAGGAUGUCCAUCUUGGAACGCCUGGAACAGAUGGAGAGGCGAAUGGCGGAGAUGGGAUCUCACCAGCACCACCAACAGACUGGAGGGGGAGGAUUAGGAGGAGGAAACGGAGGAGGGGGUGGCAACAGCCAGGCACAGUGUGCAUCCAGGGUGGCCAGCUGCUCCUUUGAGAACCGCGUGGUGCUGGUGUGUGAGAAGAUGAUGAGUCGCGCCUGCUGGGUCAAAUCCAAACACCUCAUCCAUUCCAAGACUUUCCGAGGAAUGACUCUCCUGCACCUGGCAGCUGCCCAGGGUUAUGCCACACUGAUCCAGACGCUCAUCAAAUGGCGUGCAAAACAUGCAGAUAGCAUUGAUCUGGAACUGGAGGUAGAUCCAUUAAAUGUUGAUCAUUUCUCCUGCACACCCCUGAUGUGGGCUUGUGCACUGGGGCACACUGAAGCAGCUGUCGUUCUGUACAAGUGGGACCACCGAGCUCUCUCCAUCCCUGAUUCACUAGGUCGUUUGCCCCUGACAAUCGCCCGCUCAAGAGGGCAUGUGAAACUAGCCGAGUAUCUGGAAGAUUUACAGAGGGAAGAUGAAUCACAGCUCCCCAGCCUUCCCCAAACACCUGGAGUGGUUUGCUCUCCCACUGCGAAGUCAGGAAAUGAUGGCUGGAUUGGACAGUGGAACAGUGGCAGUAAUAGCAAUCAGGAAUCCCAGAAGAAUGUCAGCACAUCUCCUACCACAGAUCUGAGGCGGCCGAGAUCGGAAUCCUUGCAAUGCCACAGCAAUGACAGCCAAAGGGACCUCCCAGCUUCCAAGAAACACAAGCUAAAUACAGAACAUUUCCAAUCCAGGCAAGACAAAUCAUCUACCCCACCACUGAAUCUGGAGCAGAAGAUCACAGCUAAACUGAGCUCCAGCCCACGGCAAACAUCUCCCGAUGCAAUUGAUUCCAAGAAAGAGAGGAAUAGUCCCAGGGAAUCUUCCCAGCAUACCUCAGAAUUCCCUUUGCUCCUCACCACAGGAUGCAGGAAUGUUGGAAACCAGACCAGUCCAAAGUGGAGCCAGAAGGAGAUUUAUGUCAGUGUGGCAGCACAGACUACAACGGGUCAGCCUGUGGUGAUAAGAAAGGUUGCGGGUCUCAGCGCUGGGUCCAUUGCACACAGGAUACAGCAGAAGCAAGACAUCAGUGUUCUAAUGUUAUCAGAAAGGGAAAUGGUGGAUGCAGAACUGCUGUCAUACAAGGAGAAUGAGGAAUGUUUCCAACAUAUGGAUGAUUUGCAGGCUAAUAUGAUGUCUCUGGCUGAACAGAUCAUUGAAGCUACCCCAGACCGGAUCAAACGAGAGAAUUUCAUCCCUAUGGAAUUUCCAUUGUCUGAGCAAGGGGAUAUACCCAGUGUGAACACCACCUUGAGCUGGUUGGCCAGUUACCUGGCAGAUGUGGACCAUUUGCCCAGCUUAUCUCAGCUUCGGUCUUUGUACAGCGAGCCCCUGACUCCUCCAUCUAAUGCAAGCCAAAGCCCGGCCUCGUCACCAAUCAGCGAGGUUAAUUUUGAGAAACCCACUCUCCCUUCAGCAGCUGAUUGGUCUGAGUUCCUGAGUGCGUCAACCAGUAAAAAAAUGGAGAAUGAAUUUGCCCAGCUGACCUUGUCAGACCAUGAACAGAGAGAGCUGUAUGAGGCUGCCAAGUUGGUGCAAACCGCCUUCCGGAAAUACAAGGGUCGUCCUUUCAGGGAACAACAAGAAAUGGCUGCUGCUGUCAUCCAGCGCUGCUACAGAAAAUAUAAACAGCUUACAUGGAUAGCCUUGAAGUAUGCACUUUACAAAAAGAUGACGCUGGCCGCCAUCCUGAUUCAGAGCAAGUUCCGCAGUUACUAUGAGCAGAAGAAGUUCCAGCAGAGUCGGCGGGCAGCUGUCCUCAUCCAGCAGUAUUAUCGCAGCUACAAGGAGUACGGAAAAAUGAGGCAGAAGCAAAGGACAACUGCUAUGGUCCAACAGAAAAUCAGGAGCAGUCUGCUGACUAAGAAACAGGAUCAAGCAGCACGGAAGAUUAUGAGAUUUUUGCGCCGCUGUCGCCACAGCCCCCUGGUGGACCGUAGACUGUACAAAAGGCGCACUGGGAGGAAAGAGAACCACAUUUGCUGGAGUCUUAGAGCUGAACCCUUACAUACGCGGAGGGAGAGUGAAAGAAUUGAGAAAGGCCAAGGAACCUGAAGAUUUACAGAAGCACCCCAUAGCAAUGUAACAUUGCUUCCUGACUGUUUUCUUUACGUUUAUAUCAGAGACAUUUACAAAAGAUCACUAGAGAUUUGGGAAGAUUAGCAACACUCUCAUCGCAACAAGGCUCUAGAAACUUUUUUUCUCUCGACCACAUCGGCACUUUUAUGGAACUUUUUUUAAAGAAAACAAAACAAGGCGCCAUAGAACUUGCAAUUUAUUGUUUUAAGAACUUGAAAUUAACUUGUAGAAUGAAAUAACCUCUUUACCAGCCUGGUGCGUAGUACUGUAAACUUGUGUAAAGGUUUGCAACACAAAAAAAAAGGGGUUUAUUGUCAGGAAUAAGCAAAUGUAUGUAGAGAAAUCAAACAAAGAGUGAAGAAAAGCAGGUGAGUGAACUGAGGGGAGUAUUAGAAUGACAGAGAAGGCACUGCACAGCUUAUGUGGACGAAUAGCCUGAGCCAGGAAGUGACAGGUAUCGCAUGUGCCACUUGUUAGAUGUGGCCUUUUCCACACUCUGGUGAUAGGAACUGGUCCAGUAAAAGGCAUACAGUUUCUUUCUUUGACCUACCUCCCUACUUUCAUUAAGAGCUGCUUAUCAGUCAACAUGCUGCAACAAUAUUACUGAUAGUCCAGACUCAGGUUUUAGAAAAGAGGAGACAGAAGGGGACAAGGGCCCUUGUUCAAGAUGUUUAAUGCCAGUUGCCAAAAUAUGGGGGGAGUCCAACAAGCUGUGUUAUAAUUACUCUCUAAAGAUUUUGUGUUCAUUUCUGGGUAAGUUGGUCAUUUUCCUGCCACCCCAAACCCAGGCCUACCUUCUUUAUCUCCUGAAUUGGACACACCAUAUCAGUGAGAUUGCAGUCCUAAUAACCUUUGAUUGCCCAACUGUAGCUUACUGGAGUCAGAAGUACAGAGCAAUACCAGGCUAUGACUUUUUUUAGUACAUUUGGGCAAUGUUGUGGAUUCUUACUGGAUGUAUUUUAUUGCAAGAUUUUGAUGAACACCAUCAAUAUUGCAAAAUCCAUCAGUAGUUCAAUUGUUGAUCAAAAUAUACUUGGUUGGAGAAAAUCAGACACUGCAGACACUCAUGGUCUCUGGUUUCCAGAACCUCACCAUUUAAAAGGAGCCUGUUCCUGAACAAUAACUCAGAACACUGGGCAGAAUCAAGGUGCUAGGGAAUGUUUGAGUAUGUUGGAGCUUGUUUGAUUAUAAUGUUUGCAACUUUAAGCUAGUGUCAGUCUAACAGGCUUGAAUUUUUGGACAGCAGCGAGGCUAAGACAGGAGGUGGCAGAGUAUUGGAAAGACUGCUUUUGGUUGCCUGUCAGUUUCCCAUUGCCAAGCCAUUUUAAUGAAAGCAAGAACUGGGACUAACAGGGCUACAUACACUUCCCACUCACGGAUAGUCAGCUAGGCCCAAUUAAGAGGCUUAUAUCCAAUUAAAGGAGGCAAAUUUGGAAAUUUCCAAUUUCCUGCACUGGCUGGGGCCAGGAGGUGGGCAACAAGUGGCAGAUUUGGGGGUCUGCGCUCCAGGCAAACCAAGAGCACUCCCUGUCUCAUGCAGACUUGUAGAGGGGAUUCCCCCACCCAGCUUCCCCAGACAGUAGUGGCCAGACUGCAGAAACUGAAAGAAAGUUGGUCCUACAUGUUGAAACACAUUCUCUGUUACUUAACUUCUUUUUGUAGUUACUGGUCCUUUCAAUCUGGAAGGCCUCUGAUUGGUCCUGCAGCUUCAAGGGUUCAGCUGCCGUCCUCAAUCGGGCUUUAGGAUUUUUUGUUAACUGUGCUACUCUGAACUGCACCAGUGUCCAGGUAAUUAUUAUCUUGUAAUCAGUCAAUAGUCUGUGUAAAUGCUGGAGAUCCCAGAAGACACUGGGUGUUUUUUUUGUAUUCACUCGUGGGGCAUGGAUGUCACCGGCUGGGCCAACAUUUCUUGCCUGUCCCUAGUUGCCCUUGAGAAGGUGGUGGUAAGCUGCCUUCUUGAACUGCUGCAGUCCAUUGCGGUAGGUAGACUCAAAGUGCCUGUUAGGAGAGAGUUCCAGGAUUUUGACCAAGAAACACUGAAGGAACAACGAGAUAUAUCUAAGUCAGGAUGGUAGUGACUUAAAGAAGAACUUGCAGGUCAUGGUGCUCCCAAAUAUCUGCUGCACCUGUCCUGCUAAAUGGUAGUUACUGUGGGAUUGGAAGGCCUUGUCUGAGGAUCUUUGGCGAAUUGCCUCAAAGACAAAUUAAAUGUACACACUGCUAAAAAGCACUGUAUUUUAUCUCCUUGAAUCCUGACUCUGCAGGGCAUUCAUUUCACCCCCAAUCUGAGUAAUUUUGUAUUCAAACCUUGUAAAUUCAAGCAAUAUAUACUGAGCUGAUCUAUUAAGUAUUAACCUCAGCUAGAUUCUAACCUCAUGCAUCAAUUGAGUUUGGCAGAAGAUCUUAAAGCAUAUAUACAUACUAUACAAAAAUAUACAACAUAUGCCAUUUUUAGCCAGCUGGGUAUUCAGAACCCCCUUAGGUGCUACAUUAAAGUGGGUCAGUUAAAAAUAAGUUAGAUAACAGAGUGAAUGUAUCUGCAUAAAGUAUUAUUGAAGAGUUUUUUAAAAUGGUGUUAACAAAAUUGGAGUAUUGCAGGAGCUGAGAGAAUUUUAAGGUGUUGCACCAGUUCAUCUCAAGAUUUCUGCCUGAAAGUGCAUGAGGUCCCAUAUGUUUCUGUGAACACAUCCUUCUCCCUAUCUUCAUCCUGCCAAUAUUCUCUUUUGUUUUCUUUUCUCCUCUCUUGAAAGCUAAUACUGUUUGCAGUUCAUCUGUCCGAGUUUUUUCAUGGGCUAUGCCAAUGUUUAUCAUUUUAAAAAAACAUUGCAUAAAACAGACUUAUGAAAUUAUUUAUACUAAUGUUUGAAGGAGCCUGCAGUGUGCAAUUUACUGCCAUUUCUCCCCACAUUACACAGUCAUGCUUUUCAGGAUGGAUGCUUCCUUGGUUGUGAAAUGUCUUGGUAUGUCCUGAGGUCGGGAAAGGUAGUUCGUAAAUGCAUGUUGUUUCUUGUUUUCUUUCCAUUUUCAAUGCUUAUUUAUCAAUUAAGGAUCAAGAAUCUUGCCCUGUUUUAGCUGGAUAUUGGUAGGCAGGUAGUUAGGAAAAAGACAGGAAGGAGCCUGCUUGAAAAUUUGGAAAUAAAUGAAAAAAUAAAUACUUACAUUUAUAUCAUGUUUUUCAUGACGACCAGAUGUCUCAAACCAUUUUAUAGGCAAUGAAGUACUUAUUGAACUGUAGUCACUGUUGUAGGAAACACAGUAGCCUAUUUGUAUGGUGCAAACUCCCAUAAACAACAAUGUGGUAGUGUCCAGAUAAUCAGUUGUUGUGAUGUUAAAUGGUGGAUAAGUAUUAACCAGGACACCAAGGUUACCUCACGUGUUGUUCAAAAUAAUGUGAUGAGAUCUUUUACACUACCUGAGAGGUCAGUCAGGGUUUAAGAUUUCAUCCUAAAGACAGCACGUUUGAUAGCGCACCCUGCCUCAGGACUGCAUCGGAGUACCAGCCUUGACUCUCACGCUGAAGUCCUGGAGUUGCCAGAGAGGGUUGAACUUGGUUGGCCAUGGGAGCCUACACUCAGUUUAACAAUGGCAGCAGAUCAUUCUUAUGGAGCUCUGAGGUCUGUUCCUUCCUCCUAAUUCCAUUUGAAUGAUCAAGUACUAACCAUGGACCAGAUCAAUGAAGUGCAGGGUUCCUUCUUCCCAGAAAAGUCCAAAAUUAUGCAGGGUCUAAGUGACAUGAAAGAAUUUUGAUUUAAAUGUCUGUUCAUUAGUUCUGCGCUUCUUUGAGACAGUGCUGGUCGUCUAUUCCAUGCAGCCUAUGGGAAGCUUUCAUCCUGAGGAGUUUUGGAGGCAUAACCACCUGAUUCCAAUCAGGCAGCUGUAUAUUUGUUUUUCUUUGUUUAUGAGUAGUUAGUUUUUUUUUGGUUUGACAGUCAACCAUGGAAAUGCAUGUCCUUUCACCAGCAACUGGUAAUUGACCUGGUUUUCGUGAAGACCAGAGAUGACUGAAAGAACAGAUGUGCUUAUGGGAACAGGACAGAAAAUUAUGCUAACUCUACUUUACCAUAAACAUAUAAGGCCUUGUGAGACCAACAGUGAUGAAAUAGGCACUGCCACCUCCUAUACCAGUUAGGUACGUUGAAGAGAGACAAUGCCUUCUAUUGGACCGUCUAUUUUUCCUGUUGUAAAGGGUUAGGUGUUUCAGAUUAAGUUUAAACUGAGAUAUAGAAGGAAACUCAACCCUUUAUUAAUUCAUUAUCUACCUUGAGCCCAGUGCUGUGGUCAGAUAGGAAACUGCUUCACUCUCAGUGGAUGCAAUCUACACUGUGAAUUCCACAUACUUUAUUUCCCUUUUUUUAAACUUUGUUUUCAAUCACUGAACAGUAGCUUAACAGAAUGCUACCAGAGAACUACCUGUACUAUUAAAAACAUAGAAUGAUAGUUGGGAACUGUAAACACAAUUGUAUUUCCAGUAGGAAGUUGUUCCUUUGCUUUACAAAGGCAUGUUGUCAUUUGAUACAUCAUUGGCAAAGCUGUUGAGUUGAAGCUUUAUCGCUGACUCUGGUAGUCAGUUAACAUAAAAUUUCUGAUGUGAGAGGAUUUCCCACUUAAACUGUAUUUCAAGCUGAGGGCAAAUGGAAUGGGAAGAAAUGAAAACUACUGAAUAAAUAAAUAAUUGGACAAAUAAGCAAAUUACUUAAACUUCACACCAUCCCAUCCAGGAUAUGUUAACUCUUUGAGGGCACCAUAGAAAAGUUAUUUAUAAUCUUUAUUUUGACCCUUCAGCAGAUAAAAACAUUGUGACAUAAAUGAUAUUUUUAUUGCCUUUUGAGUUCAUGAUGUAUGUAACAGACACAUUUAAGCCUGUGACCGACUGAUGAUAGUUACAAAUUGAAAUUGAGAUGGCAUUUGGAGAACACAUGUCAAGAACAUGCAGGGCGAAGGCCUCUCAAUUUCCCACCUAUUUGUGAGCAAUGCUCCCUAGCUUGUCUCUACCUGGCCACAGUGCACAGCAAACAAAGGAAGUUGUAAGAGGGGAGGAAAAGUUCCACAUAAGCUGGGUGUUAGCCUUUUCCAAAAACUCCCAAAACCUUUCUUCCUCAACAGUCGCUGUCACCUAGCUAGUGUCCUGUCACGUCCAGCACUUUAUUUUGCCUUACUUUAUAACUUUUAUUUAGUCUGAACUUUUUUUAAUAUAUAAAUAAUAUAUAAAUAGUUUAUUUAAAGCUUUGAUUAUUUAAUUUAUUCUUUGUUUUCUUUUUGUUUUAAAAAGCAUUUAAGCUUUUUUAGCCUUUCAAAAAUAGGACGUUUUUUUGAGGGGUCACAUUCAUUGCCUUGACAUCAUACAAGCCAAUAAGGACUAGUGUGAUGUAUUCUGCUGGCCAGUAAUGUCCAUAUUCUUGGCUACUGUCAGUAACCUGGUGGACUCUGUAUAUAUUGAAGAACAUGAUUGGGUAAUGAGUGCAAAGUGAAUAAAAACAGGGGAUGCCAACAAUGAAUUAUUUUACUGUGAGUUGUAACAAGAUUGGUGAAGGCAGAAUGGGAAUUUGUAUAGUUUUAUCUGAAUGAGCUAGCAAUGUGGAUAUACUGUUUGUAUAUAUUGUGUAUAUACUUAAGAACAAUGAAAAAAAUGGAGAUAUGUGCAUGACUGUAAUGAAAAAACAAAACAAAAGGAAGUAUUAGAAGCAAACGACCUGUAAAAUGAAAAAAAAUCACUGUAAGAAUUCCUUAUUUUAAAUGUUCUUUAGAAGGACAUCUUUGCUAAAGCAUGAUUAAUUGCAAAAAAACCUACUGUACUUAGAAUUAGAAGACAAACAGCAAAAUGAUAUAACUGAAAAGUUUACAUUUACAUAUUUCUUUUCUGUUUGGCUACCAAGACUUAUCUCCUUUGCCAAUGGGUGCCAAGUAAUGUGAAUGCUGUAUUGCUAAAUGAAAAGACACAACAUUAAGUUAUAAUCUUUGCUGAGCAGAUUACUGUAAGGAUAUAAUAUAUAUAUAUAGCAUUAUACCAUAACUCACUCUUUGAAAAGACAGAUUAACAGACAUUUUUAUGUUAAAUACUGUGUGUUAAAUACCAUGAAGAAACAAUGCACAUACACACACAAAAUAAAUUUUAAAAGAUGUAUACGAACAAAAAAAAAUCUGACAGUAAUGGAGAGAAUGUCCACUUCAUCUGUUCAUCAAUUAGAAAAACAGGUCAUAACAUUGCACAAAAAAAUCCUUAAAAAAAAGAAAAUUCUAGAAAAUGCAAAGCUUUGUUGCACACACGCAACAGCCCAGAGUAAGCUACAACACUCCUGGGGUUGCUGACACUUGCAUGUGAUACUAGUGUAGGUCCUUCUUUUAUUUUCUUUCUCUUGCUCUUUUUUCUUUCCUCUCUUUCCCUCCUCUUUUUUAAACCUUUUUAAGUUUUUUUUUAUUUUUUUCCCUGUUUUUGUAUGUCUGCAUGUGAGUGUUGCUGGGUCACAGCUGUUUAGAAGCUUUACAAGGGAUAGCCCAGCUGCCAGAGUCAUGCAAACAUUUUAAAUUGCCCUUAAAAAUUAUGUAAGAUGUUUUUGAAUGCUUUAUAAUCCUUUCUGCUGUAAAUUAAAAAAACAAAAGAAAAAUCUCAUGAUAGUUUGUUAAAUUUAUUUAUUAUAUAUUGUUUUAAACUCAUUGUUCUUCUUUCACUGGGCAACUUUUUGACUCUUGGCACUAUGGUGCCCUCUGAUGGAUAGAUUGUUGGAGCAUUUCUGUUACUGUGUUUUUAAUUUCCCAGAUGUCCUUCCCCUUGCCUAUCCCAGGACCUAACCUUUCAUCUGGACAGCACGUUUCCUACACCUUGCCUUCCCUGGCCCACAUAUUUCCUGGACCUCAUCUUCCCUCACCCCUCAUUCAGCUGGGGUACGGAUUAACGGUGCGUUUUGAGUGCAGAAUUGCCUAAUCAGAUUGGAUGUAUUCAU